GUCCUAUAAAAAAAACACUUCACGAGUGUUGUCUCUUCGGUCUGCUGCCUACUUUGAGAGAGAAGAGAAAGAAAACCCUUGAAGGAGAGAAGAGAAAGAAAGCUAGAGACCAAGAAGAAAAAGAAGAAAAAUUCAAGAAUUGCUCCAACCAAAGAGAAACAGAGGAGAUCAUGAUGCUCACAAGCGGAAAUGCCGGAGGAGGAGAUGACAACAGAAGUAUCCAAGGAGGACAUUUUGUUGAUUGGCCUAGAGUUGAGUAUAAGUUAUACACACAUAUGCAUCAGUCUGCCUUGUUUCUUUUGCUUUUGCUUGGUAGUAUGCCUUUUUCGUCGUGUUCCAUAUCUCUGAGGUUUUCAGAGAACAAUGAGACACUCGUGUCUCCUAGUAAGCUCUUUGAGAUGGGUCUCUUCAGAUCCAGGGUUCCAGAACAGAAUCGUUGGUAUCUAGGAAUUUGGUUUAAAAAAUUCCCCAGCAAAGUAGUUUGGGUUGCUAAUAGAGACGAUCCUCUCUCCAGUCCCACUGGAAUCUUCAACAUCUCAAAUUCGGAGCUGGUCCUCUUCGAUAGUCUCAGUUUUGUAUGGAAGGAAAACUUGGGGAACCUUGUCAAUAAGGAAUCCUUGGUGGUGGCAGAGCUUCUCGAUGACGGCAAUUUCGUGGUAAAAGAUCCAACCGGGUUGUUAUUGUGGCAGAGCUUUGAUUCUCCCACUGACACUUUACUCCCUGGAAUGAUACUUCAUGACACAAGCAUAAAAUCCUGGAACAGCUCACAAGAUCCGUCAAGUGGAGCCUACACAUACAUGAUCACAAAUCUUCAAGAAGGUUUCAUUCUUCUUGACAAUGGAAUUUACGCGACACGUAUCUUUCCGAUCAAAACAGUACCUUCCACCUUCCCUGCAAUGUUAAGAAUUGAGGAAAAUGGAGACCUGCAGCUCCUCGUCUGGAGAGGAAAAUGGGAAGUGGACUGGACUUCUCGAGUUGAGGAGGAUUGUGAUCUGUACAAUUUCUGCGGUGGUGAUAAUAAGUUCUGCGAGAUAGUAAACCUUAACCCCAUGUGUAACUGUAUCAAAGAAUUUGAGCCAAGAAAUGACCAUCAUUCUGGAGAUCAUUGCGUGAGAAAGACAAAACUGAGUUGCCUUGAGAAAGAGUUUGCGAAGAUGAGAAAUAUGAAGCUUCCAGAGUUUGGAAAGCAAAUGAUCCACACGAUCAAUAUGGGAUUCGAAAAGUGCAAGUAUAGAUGCCUCAGAGAUUGCACUUGUACGGCGUUUGCAAACGUGGACACGCAAAAUGGCAUGUCAGAUUGCAUGAUGUGGUUAGAUACUGAGCCGUUAGUUGAUGUUCGCAGUUACAAUGGCGGCGACAAGGGGCAAGAUCUAUAUAUAAAGAUAGCCGUGCCUGAAGAUUUCGGAAAUAAGAAUAUGAGUGAAACCACCAUCGGGUUGAUUGCUGGAGGAGCCAGCACAUUGCUUCUCAUCUUCAUCUUGCUUUUCUUAUUCAAAAGAAUAAGAAAGAUGAUGGCAAGAACAAUUGUGUGUCAACGUGAAAAUCCAACCAUGGAGAUGACAAGCAUAACCGAGGAAUGGCAAUCAAAAGCCAUGGAUUUUGAAGUCAUUUCCCAAGCCACCAACUUCUUCUCUGACUCCAACAAGAUUGGAGAAGGUGGUUUUGGUAACGUUUACAAGGGUCGGUUACUUAACGGGUUAGAGGUUGCUGUCAAGAGGAUUAUUAGUAUGACACCUGGGGGGAUCGAAAACUUUGACAACGAGGUGAGACUCAUUGGGCUAGUUCAGCAUAUAAACAUCAUCCGACUCAUUGGUUUUUUCUCUGACGAAAACGAGAGGAUCCUAGUAUAUGAGCACCUGGAAAACCUAGGACUCAACUCGUGCAUUUUCGACACAACCCGAAGCUCUUCUUUAAACUGGCAAAAGAGAUUCAACAUUGCCAUUGGUAUUGCUCGAGGGCUUUCAUACCUUCACCAAGAUUCCCGAUUCAAGAUAAUCCACCUUGACCUGAAACCAAGCAAUAUCUUGCUUGGUGUAGACAUGAUCCCAAAGAUCUCCGAUUUUGGGAUGGCAAAGACACUGGCAAGGGACGAGACAGAAGCUAUUGCCACGGGCGGGGGCGGAACUUUGUAA